AACUAAUUUAAUUUGAAUCUAUUUUGUAAUUAUGACUUUUCAUCCUUCACUCUACAUUUGAGAGUUUUCCUCUACCUCUCUCUUUCUAAAAUCUCUCGUGGAAACUUAAUUAAACUAUGAUAAAGACAUAAAAAAUAUGUGAUCAAAUGGGCUAGUAGUAGGGAGCUUAUACAAGAUAUGUAAUAUAAUAUAGAAGGAUGAAUUAAGGUAGGCAAUGAAAGAAAAUUAAGAAAGAGAGGGAGAGGAGAGUAGGGGCAAGGAAUUGAUGGGAGAGUGUGGAAGUUAGGAAAAAGAUGAAGGCUUGGCUUAAGCCACGUAAACCCUAAGGCCCCAAACCACCAACAGCCACUAACUAACUAUAUAUUUCUUUCUUUUUUUUUUUUAACUAUAUAUAAAAUGAGGUACAAAACCCACCACCACCACCACCACCACCACCACCACCACCACCACCACCUCCCCAUUCUCCCUUUACCAUUAUUUAUUGUUCCACCCAUUCCUUUGAAUCUACUUUUCAUCUCUCUUUUCUUCCAUAUUUAUCCAUUUCCUUGGCAGAAAAUUAGGAUAGGAUAAGAAAAAAAGGAAGAACACAAUAAAGAGUGUUUAAACUGAAAGAGUAAAGGAAUAAAAGUAGGUUGGUGAAAUUAAAGCUGCUAAAAGCAAAACAAGUAUGUAUGAGGAUGCUAUUUAUCCACAUCACACAGGUUUCCAAAUAAGAAAAAAAAAAAAAAAAAAAAAGCGUAGUUGAAUAUUGGAGGGCGUAGAUCGGUUCGAAAACCCCCAAAUGUCGUGGUUUCAAUUUCCUUUUUCCCUUCCACUCCUUAUGAAUGGGAAAUGAGAAGCGUCUCCUCUCCCAGUUCCCCAACCCCACAAAACCAAAACCCAGAAAAACUCAAACAACAAUCCCCCCUUCCAUGCGAAUGGGAUUUCACCCUCGCCUCCGUCGUCUCCUCCCCCACCAAUUGCGCCGCUUCUGACACUCUCGGCGUUCUCGAAUUCGACCCUUCCGAUUCCCUCAUAGCCACCGCCGGAAUCGCUAGAAAAAUUCGUGGCUACCGUCUUCAUAAUCUCCUGCCCCAAGACAUUCACCAUAACGCUACUACUAUUACUCAAUUGGACCACUCCCGUGCUUCUGAUUUCUGCAUCUGUACUCCCGCUAAACUCAGUAGCCUCCGUUGGAAGCCCAAUGCUAACGCUCGAAUCUUAGGCUCCGGCGAUUACGAUGGGGUGGUCACGGAGUACGAUCUCGAGAUGAAAGUACCGAUUUUCGAACGGGAUGAACAUGGGGGCCGACGUGUCUGGAGUGUGGAUUACUCAACAGUAGAGCCUGUAGUGGGGGCGUCCGGGUCAGACGAUGGCACAGUGCAAGUAUGGGAUACGCGGUGUGAGAGUGGGGAGUGCGUGGCGGUGGUGCAGCCGAGCGUGAUAAGGAGUCCGGUUUGUUGCGUGGAAUUCAACCCGUACGGAGGGGGGUUGGUGGCGGUUGGAUGCGCGGACAGGAAAGCGUAUGGGUACGACAGAAGGAAAAUGAGGGAACCGGUAGUGGUAUUCGAAGGGCAUGGGAAGACGGUGACGUAUGUGAAAUUCGUGGACGGAGGGACGGUGGUGUCGGCGAGCACAGACGGGAGUUUAAAGAUGUGGAAGACGGAGGAGGGCGGGGGUGCACGUGUGGUGCGCACGUACGAGGGGCACGUGAACGGGAGGAGCUUUGUGGGGUUGUCAGUGUGGAGGAAGGGGGGCUUAAUCGGGUGUGGAUCGGAGGACAAGAGAGUGUUUGUGUACGAUAAGAGGUGGGGAGAGCCAAUAUGGGUAAAGGAAUUUGAUGGGGGGAUGGGGUCGGGUUAUGGGUUGGUCAGUAGUGUGUGUUGGAGGCAAGUGGGAGAGCAAGAAUGCACCUUGGUAGCUGGCGGGUCGGAUGGCGUUUUGCAAGUUUUUGUCGGACACAAGAAGAGGUCCUUUUGAUUCAAUCUGACUCAAAACCUUUUUUUUUAACAUUACCACUACCAUCCACCAUUAUCAUUUAUUUAUUUAUACUUCUUAGGAGGGAUUUUUCUUUUUUUUUAAACGCCUUUAUUUACUAUUAUAAUAAUACAUAGUUGCAUACUCUCACUUCAGUUAGUUAAAAUUAAUUUGAGUGACUUUCAUCAUUGAUAUUUUUGAAACUAUACAUGCAAGGUGAUAGAUAUAUGGGUAGAGAUGUACUGUUAAAUUUGCAACUCAAACUUGGAUACAUAUUAUAUUAUGCUUCUGUGUGCUUGUUCAUU